AUCAUUGAAACAAACCCAAUCACGAAUUACAUGACAAAAACAUUGUUGGCUGAAAUAUUGUCUCAUAAAACACUUAUAGGUUAUGAAAACUAGUAUAUCAAACGUCUUGUAAAAUGGAAAAAUAUAUGCAUUUAUGGAAAAGUGUUGAUGAAUUAUCAUACACUUUUGAUGACAAACCUAAUGGUAUCAUUAGCAAAUUGGUCACUGUUGAAGAUCACAUUUUUGUAACAACUACCACAAACAGUUUAUAUCAUGGGGAGGUAUCAUUUAUAGAAAACAGUCCUCCAACAAUAGUUUUCAAAAAAGCUCAAUUUGAAGUGGUUGACGUAGCAUCUAAUUCGGAACAUUUAUUUAUUGUAGAUAAAAAUGGAUAUGUUCUGAAAAUAAAUCCUGAUGAUAUGGGUAUAAUAGAUACAAUAAUUCUAAAAGAAGAAGUUAAAUGUUGCAGUCAUGGAUAUAAACAAGGAAAUGAAAUUCUUAAAGUAAAAUCGGUGGCUGUCAGUGAUGAGGCAGCAUUGUUUGUAACAGAAGGUGGACAGCUUUGGGCUAGUGGAAAUCAAUCAGAAAUAGAUAUCAGUAGCACAGAGCCUAAAAAAGUGAAAUUUUUUGAAGGUAGAACUGUGUCUACUAUUUCAUGUGGUUCUAAUUUUAAUGUAGUGGCUGUGAGGAAAACAACAAAAGUUAUGAAAAAUGAUACUGAUAAUGAGAAUGAAUUGGAAGAAGUUUUUGUUAAUUCAUGUCCUCAAUGUAUCAAUAAUGUAGUAUUAAGUCCUACAAGUUUAACAUCGUCAGAUUGGACUUGUCAAAGUGGACUUCAUGCACAGCAAGCCAGUGAAUACCAUUCAACCACUUCAACUAGUGCUUUAUCAGUUACUAGUAAAGAAUAUGAUUCUGUGUCACGUGCUGAAGUUAUUAAAACAAAACAAAAUUCGAUAAUAAGUGGAAAUAUAGAACAAUGCUCUAAUGAUACUACAGACUCUGAUAAAGAAGAAAAGAAACAUGUUAUUUUUAUAAACACAGAGGCUGCAAGACAAUUUUUAAUUAGGCAGUUAUCCUGGGUUUCAUCUUAUGGAAGCAUUAAAGAAGACAUACCCAUAGAAAAUAUUGAAAAAGCAACAAGAUUAAUCAAACAGAAUGUGUCCAGUGUAGCUAAUUUGGUGUACGAAGGGGUGAAAAAUGGAAGUGGUAAAGUUGUUACAUUAUCUAGACAUAUGAGUGGAAGUUCAGACAUUACAGAAUUAAAAAAUGACAGUAAUGUACUCUUAGAGGAACAAGGAGAAGAAUGUUUGAGACCUAAUUCCACCAGUUUGGCUCUUAGUUUGGGCUAUGAAGAAAUUCCAAAGUCAUCAAGUACUGGUUCGUCAGAGCAUGAAUUAUCUCAACAUGGCUUAAAUGAAAGAAUUAAUACAUUAACAUGUACUGGUAAUAAUAUCUUGUCAACUGAACUAUGGACAUGGGGAGAUAUUGAAUAUGGACAGUUGGGAACAGGAGAUAUUAUUAAACGUGUACGACCUGUUUUAGUUGCAAAGCUUAGUAAUACAGGACUCAGAAAAAUUUCAUGUGGUGCAUUUCAUAUACUUGCAUUAACAUUAGAUGGAAGAGUCUUUGCUUGGGGAAAAAAUAACCGUAAACAAGUGAUGUUAGAACCAAAUGCUUAUCAAAGUUCUCCUCAAUUAUUUACCACAAAAUUAUCAUUAAAUGAGAAGGCUAAAGAUAUAGCAGCUGGUAGUUUCCAUAGUUUAAUCUUGAUGCAUCAUGGUUUAUACUUCAUUGGACAAUCAAGUAAAGCUGGAGAAAUGUUUCAUCUUAACACUGAAACAAAUAAUGAAUGCAGUAUAGCUCAAAUUUUUUGUUCUGAAGAAUACAGCUGUUACUCUGUGAUUAAUAAACCUCCAAUAAAUAUUUCUGAAGAUUUGAUAACAGACCAAAUCGUUUUGGAAGAAAUGUUGAUUAUUUAUAAAAAUUUAAUUAAGCCACUCGAAGAAAAAGAAAGUGCUAUGCAAGAAUUGAAUGUGUAUGAAACAUUAUGUAGAUACUAUAGAGAAUUGUUAAGUUUCAAUGCAUUAAAUGUUACCAGCUUGUGGAAUUAUUUUAAUCAUAUUAGCGAAGCAUAUGAAGUUACAGCUAUUGUUAACGUUGAAGAAUACAUUACUGUAUAUAGGUAUUACUUAAAUACGAUAUGUGAUGUUAUUUCUUUAGGCGGUUUUACAUAUAUUGAAAAAAUAAUUGAAAUACCACGAAUAAUAACAAUUUUGUUUGCAAACAAAUUAAAAGGUUCUGAAAAUAAAACAAUUACUAAUGAAAUUAUUAUCUCUAUGGCAUUACAAUAUCCAUUACAUAAGUUAAAUAGAUAUAAAAAUAUGAUUUUGAAUUUGAUAAAGUGCAAUGGUACAAAAAUGGGUAUAGAACGAUUGCAAGAAGCUCUAAUAAAAUGGGAACAAAUAUGCGAGGAACAAGAUAAACUACAUAAAGAAGCUGAAGCAACAAAGUUAUUUUGGGAAAAUUCUGGAAAAUUAGGGGAAUUAUUGAGGUUUCCUAACAGAAGACUUGUAAGAGAAUCACGAACGCAUCCAAUAGCAAUACUGAACUCUGGAAUAUUCUCUACCCAUUGGUUUGUCUUGUUGACUGAUAUAUUUAUUCAUGUUAUUGGAACAUCUCACACAGUUCAUCCACUCCAAACCUUAUGGGUAGAACUUUUACCAGAUUCCGAAACUGUACAAAAUGCUAUAUCAGUAGUAGCACCAGAAGACACAUUUGUAUUAUAUACUCCAACACCUUGUGAGCGUAAUGAAUGGUUACACGCUUUCCAGAAUGUUAUAAAAUGUAGUCUACGAAGGGUUGUUGGACAUGGUCCCCCGGUAGUGCGUUCUAGCUCCUUCACUUUCACAAAGCGUAGUGUUUUCAAAGAUGCAAAGUAUACUGGGCAUUGGCUAAAUGGUAAGCCACAUGGUGUUGGUAAAGUAGAAUGGUUUGAUGGCCGUAUAUACACAGGACAAUUCCACAAAGGUGUUAUUCAUGGUACUGGUAAAAUGGAAAUUCCAUCACAAAGUAUAUAUGAAGGACAAUGGAAAGAUGGUCAACAGAAUGGAUAUGGAACAAUGAAGUAUAAUAACGGAGAUUUUUAUGAAGGAUAUUUCAAUGAUGGAUUACCACAUGGUCAUGGUGUUAAAAAAGAAGGUCACUUCAUGGCAUCUGUAGCAUCCAUUUAUAUUGGAGAAUGGGCAGCAGGUGUCAAGCAAGGCUAUGGAAUUAUGGAUGAUAUUAUGACAGGUGAAAAAUAUUUAGGAUCUUGGAGUAACGGUAUGAAACAUGGGUGUGGUUUAAUUGUAACUUUAGAUGGUAUUUACUAUGAAGGAGUCUUCAUGCAGGAUGUUUUAACGGGUCAUGGAGUCAUGGUAUUUGAAGAUGGUACUCAUUAUGAAGGUGAAUUUAAAUCUGCUGGUAUUUUCUAUGGAAAAGGUACAUUAACAUUCCGAAGUGGCGAUCGAUUAGAAGGCAAUAUGAAUGGAGUAUGGAAUGAGGGUGUAAAAGUUAUUGCAACAUUACAUAUGAAUAAAGCUAGUGGGAAUGUACAAACUAAUUCAAAACCGAUGUCAUUUGGGAAGUUAUGUGUAUCACCGGAUCAAAAAUGGAAAUCUAUAUUUAGGCAUUGUUAUCAACAACUUGGUAUUCUUGAACCAGAUUCGAAAAUGGCGGACAAGUGUCUAGAAACGCAACGAGUAUGGCGAAAUGUUGCCAGCAUAAUAACAAAAUCUCGUCACAAGACAGUACAACGAAAAAAUGUUCUGACACAUAUGCCUAUUACGAACGAAACCAGGGACGAAGUUAUUGACGAAUUAGAUAAGAUUCCUUGUUUUGGAAGAGAAAAACUAACUGCUCAGUGUUAUAACGAAGUCCAUAGAUAUUUGUUUAAGGCUUUUGAGUGUGCACAUCAUCCAUUAGGUGCUCUUUUAACAGAAGUUUCUGCUGCGUACACAGCUACAUAUGGUGGCGUGAGAGUUCAUCCUUUGUUACUCAGUCAUGCUGUAUCUGAACUUCAUAGUAUUACAUUAAGAAUAUAUGAAGUAGUUACUUUAUUGUUUCCUGCAUUACCACAUGGGAAAAAAGAGUAUGUAUUGGAGACAGAAAACGGAGAAGAAGGAGAAAUUAUAAGUGCUACUGCAAUACUACAUCCAAUACUAUUACCUCGCGUGCAUUAUGUACUAUUUGUAUUAUAUGCUUUACAUAAUAAGAAAGAAGACGAUGCCUAUUGGGAAAGAUUAAUGAAAUGGAAUAAGCAGUCUGACAUGACAUUAAUGGCUUUUUUGGAUAUCGAUGAGAAAUUUUGGGGAAAUGCAAAUAUGAUAAAUCUGAAUGAAAAUGAGUUGCAGCACCAAAAUGAAUCAUAUUUCAAUGAGGCAGUAGAAGCUUUGCAACAACUCAAAACCACGUUUUCGCCAUUAGAAAAAUUGUUAGUCGUCAGAAAUACAUUUGAACAAAUGACACAAACAGUACAAAAACAAUUGGGUACCACGUAUUUAUGGACAAUGGACGAGCUAUUUCCUGUUUUUUGCUUCGUCGUUGUACGUGCUAGUGUAUUACAACUGGGUAGUGAAAUACAUUUUAUAGAAGAUUUUAUGGCACGUUCUUUACAAAAUGGAGAACUUGGUAUUAUGUUUACUACUCUUAAGGCCAGUUACUAUCAAAUAUUACAGGAAAAAGUUAACGUAGGCGACUAAAUAUGCAAAAAG